UAAUUUUCAGUAUUUGAAGUAGAUCCGUUUUUGUGAAAAUUUUGACUCAGCACGGUUUUCUUGCUUCUUUCUUUUCUGCAGAGAGCAAAAAUGUUCUCGCCAAGUGUACAAGAGUGCAGAGAAACAGGUUUCGCGUAGAGAGGGUAAAAUUGCGCAAAUCAUGCCAACAGCGGCUAAAAUGGUAUUCUCAGGAUUCGCUGUAGUUUUCCAUCGUAGCAAUAAAAUAAUUGCAGAACAAAUCAUCACGCCGAAAUAAAUGGCGAUGUGGGGGGAUACGGAUGACGAUUUUCGCUUACGGGGGAAUCAGCAGAUCUCGGUCCGAGAAAUAUAGAGAGGGGGGACUUUAAGGGAACGGGAAAAUGUUGCGCGAUUAGUGUAGCACGGCACAUUACUCCGCGCGCUUAACCUCAAAUUCGUGUGUAACGAUAUCGUUUUGGCGGCAAGGUCUCAUCUCCGAGUCCGAAAACGUUGGCUAUUCGGCGUGAAAAGUGACGAACCUUCGCAAACAGGUGGGCGUGAAAGGAAUUUCCACAGUGAAACAAAAGAGCAAUGAUGGCAGAACACAGAAGAAAGACAUCGACGGAGGAGAGCCUGCAGUACAUCAGGCAAUCCCUGAAAUCAGAUGAAAUGGAUCAUCUGGAAGGAACUCACUUCGAUAGGCAUAUUCCGCAUGUGUUUGUUAUCCUCGGAGCAUCUGGUGAUCUCGCCAAGAAGAAAAUCUAUCCGAUCCUCUGGUGUCUUUUUCGGGAUAAUCUACUGCCGAAACCCACCGCAUUUGUCGGAUACGCCAGAUCUUUGUUAACGCUGGGACAGCUACGUGAGAAAUGUGAUCCGUACAUGAAAGUGAAGUCAGAUGAGAAGGCGAGAUGCGAAGAAUUUUGGAAGUUGAAUCAUUACGUCUCCGGCAUGUACGACUCGCAUGGCGACUUCCAGAAGCUGAAUAAUGAAUUAACGAAAUACGAAGAAGGAGACGUCGCACAUAGGAUCUUUUACUUGGCGUUACCUCCGACUGUAUUCCAGACCGUUACGGUGCACAUAAAAAAUGCCUGCAUGGCACCGAAGGGUUGGACGAGGAUCAUCAUCGAGAAACCGUUCGGUAACGACGCUGCCUCGUCGAAGGUGCUCUCCGAUCACUUGGCGUCGCUAUUCAACGAGGAGCAGAUCUAUCGUAUCGAUCAUUACCUUGGCAAGGAGAUGGUACAGAACCUGAUGACGCUGCGCUUCGGCAACAGGGUGUUCAACCCGACGUGGAACCGGGACAAUAUAGCCUCGGUGCAGAUCACCUUCAAAGAACCGUUCGGCACCGAGGGUAGAGGCGGCUAUUUCGACGAAUUUGGCAUCAUUCGCGACGUGAUGCAGAACCACCUGCUGCAGAUCCUCUCGUUAGUAGCUAUGGAGAAGCCGGUUUCUUGCCACCCGGACGACAUCAGGAACGAGAAAGUGAAAGUUCUGCGAUGUAUCAAGGAACUCGAGCUCGACCAAGUGGUUCUCGGUCAGUACGUCGGCGAUCCUGAAGCGGACGAUUCAAGUGCGCGUCUGGGUUACUUAGAUGAUCCCACGGUGCCGUCCGACUCCAACACGCCGACGUUCGCGUUCGCGGUGCUGAAGAUAAACAACGAAAGAUGGGACGGAGUACCGUUUAUCCUCAGAUGCGGCAAAGCUUUGAACGAGCGAAAGGCUGAAGUCCGAGUCCAAUAUCAAGAUGUAUCCGGAGAUAUUUUUGACGGGAAGGCGAAAAGGAACGAGUUGGUGAUAAGGGUACAGCCGGGCGAAGCGUUGUACGUGAAAAUGAUGACCAAGUCGCCCGGCAUCACGUUUGACAUGGAGGAAACUGAACUGGAUUUUACUUAUAGCAAUAGAUACAAGAGCUUGAAAUUGCCGGACGCAUACGAGAGGCUGAUCCUGGAUGUCUUCUGCGGAUCGCAAAUGCAUUUCGUGAGAAGCGACGAGCUGAACGAAGCGUGGCGUAUAUUCACGCCGUUGCUGCACCAAAUCGAUAGAGAGAAAAUCCGGCCAAUUCUUUACAAAUACGGAUCUCGAGGGCCGAAGGAAGCCGACGACAUGGCAAAGAAAAAUAAUUUCGCUUAUUAUGGCUCGUACAAAUGGGUGAAGCCAUGACCUCGAUCGUAUCGUCAAUGUGAAGAGAGAUUCAUGUCGCACCAAGUACAAAUUUUGGCAUAAAUCUACAACGUAGUUGGACACUGUGAUCGUCACAUCCCGAAAUUUCGACAGCUAUCUGUUGAUCUGUUUGCAAUUUUAUAUAUAUAUAUAUUUUUUUUAUAUGUAUGUGCACAUAUCUGUGUUUUUAUCUAUGUGCACAUAUCUAUUUUAUCUAUCCGAUCUAUGAUAGUUUAAACGUUUCAUUUUCUAUCGUGCGAUUUCGGUCUGAAGAUACCUUGCGAAGAAAUGAUUUCGCACACUUCCUAAUUAUAUAGAUCAGUUUUAUUAAAUCUUAAUAAUUUAAAUAUGAUGCCAAUCGCGUAUUCUGUACAAGAUAUUUAAUAACAUAAAUUAUACAAUACUAGGAUUUUUGAGAUUAUCCAAUUACAAUGACUAUAAAUAAGAGAAAGUUGAA